CCUGCGUUUGCACUGGCCAACUGUCUUCAUCUCCAGGGAAUUCCCACAUGAUAACAACUUUCACGAAAUAAAAGCGAUUAAAUGAGAAAUCAUCUUCGAAAUAAUCCAAAAUAUCCAAAGUUCCGAAAGUGACAAGAACUUGCUAUACUCCAAAACGUAUUGGUGCAACGUACACUAAACACGGUAACGGAGUAUCAUAAGAAUCCUGUUACCAUGGAAAACAAGAUGCUCCUGUGGAGAUUGCGGUGGGAUACAAGGAACCUUUCGUGGUGUUUUUUUCUCUGUUAAUAGUAAUCUUACGCGCGACUCGAUUAUGCAGCUGUCUACGGCAUGGCAUUCGAUUAUCAUGAGAAAUUGUUCGUUUUCGUCUUCAUACUAUCCUUGGGGUGUGUUGCUUAUUCAGCUAAUUAUACAUUUUUUGUCGUUUCUACCAGUACAUUUCUUGCAGCUUGCAAUGAUUUGAAAACGUACUACACCAGCGCUAAGCUGAAGUACGGUGAAUAUAACAAUAUAACUUGCCUGUCAUACGAAAUUGCUGAUCAGCUUAAGCUUGCUAAUACCACCAAUGCCUCUACCAUAGCUUUGAAAACUACCACUGGAGCUAAUCUGACAGCAGCUGAAGUAGGACAAACUGUAUUGUUUCUGAUGCGAACACCACUAGUUCCUCAAGAGGAAACGCUGCUACAGUCAUCCUUUCGCCAAUUCCCGGUUAUUGUUAAUUGUAUUUUGAUUGGUUACAAUAUUCCGGAACUUACUGCUAAAGGUGAAGUAUUCCGAUUAACUCAAGACAAUUUGGUGGGAAUUUUCAGCGGAACAAUAAAAUUCUGGAAUGACACAAGGCUCUUAGUAAAUAAUACUGCGCUUCGUGCACCUAACGGAAGUUCUAUUCUGCCCGGGAAGCGCAUAACAUUGGGAUUUCGUCUGGAUCGCUAUCUUUCAACGUGGGUUCUGACCAGAACCUUGUCGUCCAUAUCUCCUGGCUGGGCAAAGACGUACGGGAAUAUUCAAGACGGCACCGUGUUUUCUACAACGGUCAAAGGUCCCAAGACGUGGCUGACCAAUAAGAUGUUGGGUAUCAGCUUGUAUGGCUUUUUGAAGGACACUCCUUAUUCGAUGAUCAUAGCACCACAGGAGGAUGUCGAAAAGUAUGGGUUUGAUGUGGUGAGAGUACAGAACAGUCAAGGGAAGUUCACCAAAUGCACUGAGCUUACGAUAAAUGGAGGCAUCGAAGCUGCAUCCAGUUCCUACGCUGCCCGCGUCCGUAACGGCUCCAUGGAGAAUUUGAACGGAACGACCACUUAUCCGCUGCUGGGUUUUUCAUAUGUCGGACUAUCACUUACCAAACUUGGCCAACGGGACCAGCUGUUUGACUGCACCAUCCUGUCCGGAAGCCUUCGGUUUCUCAAUUGGAUUCUCGAUGCAUCUAACCAAGAGUCCCAGCAGAUCCUCACAAACAACUACUAUAUUCGAUGCCCAGCUGCGUGGUAUCCGGAUUUAUGGAGCCUGCAACAAGAUCUCCGUUGUGGAGAUCGAAAACAGCUGGUACAGCGCUAUCUGGAUUCGAUUCAGUCGACAGAAGAUACUUAUGAGCUUCUACAUUCAACUACGUUUUGGGCGUAUCUUAUAUGUGGACUACUCGCCGGCCUGGCCGUUGCUGCAUAUGUUGGGAAACAAGCAUACAUAUAUCUGAACCGGCUUCGUAGAGAAAACAUGGAACAGUAUGCUAUUAGCAGUAAAAUGAUACGUAUUACGCCAUCCGUUUACUCACCGAUGGAUCGUUUCAAAGGUGUCGUUGCGUCACGGAAAGUCGUGGACCGGUAUAUACCUACCGCUUCUCUGCAAUGUUUGGCAACCGGAACCUGGGGUGAAUAUGAAGUUUUCCUGCGGCCGUGCAGUCUAAUGCUGCACAGGUUAAAUCAUCGAACCAGAAUGCAGAUGUUAAAGCUCAUGGAGAUAUCAAGCCAGAAAAAUAUCGUGGAAUUUUAUGGAAUGACCGAAGUUCCCGGUGGCAGAUGCUUGGUGUGCAACUUUUGCCCGUUUGGUGACUUGCGGACGCUGGUUAUUUCGAAGAAACACAUUUUCAGCAUGAACACGAAGUUUUCGUUAAGCGGAGAUAUUGCUGAAGGUAUGGAAUACCUGCAUGAUUGCGACGUUGUUCAUGGAAAUCUGCGCAGCUGCGCUGUAUAUAUCGAAGCAAAUUGGACGGCAAGGAUUUCUGAUUUCGAGUACGAUACCUUGCACCAAGUCCAAGGGUCAUUCCAUCCAACCGUAGCUCAGCUCAAGCAAAAACUGAAUUUGUAUCAGCAAACAUCACUGUACCCUUGGCUGUACUGGACUGCACCAGAAAUUCUGCGGCAGGGAAUAACAGCGGAAAUACCACCGGAAAAAAGUGCGGAUAUUUAUAGCUUCGGCAUCGUCUGCUCUGAAAUCUUCGCCAUGGAACCGGCGUACCAAAAGUACCAAGAACUGCCUUACAAGCUAACUCCAGCCCAGAUCCUCAAUGGGAUAUUGUCGGCCGAUAUGCGCCCUCGAGAAGACUGGAAGACCACCGCCACUCCAAAGUGUGUGCUGCGCGUUAUGGAGCACUGCUGGCAAGAAAACGCUUCACGUCGACCGUCUUUCGCCACACUGCGCAAACUACUCCGCUCCGUGCGUUCACUGCGGCGUCAUGUGGCUGAUAAAAUCAUGAUCGCGGCCGAAAAAACCGCCGAAGCCGUGAAGAGUCGAUGCGACACAGCCAGCGAUCGGCUCAACCGUUUUGAUCAGGAAUUCCAUAAGUAUUCCAAAAUUCUUGUUCCUCCAGCAUAUUGGCGCUCCAUCUACAAGCAGAAAUUGUACAUGUCAAUGACGCGGCACAAGCUUGGAAUUGUGUUCUAUUGCAACUUAGUGGAGUAUGGAAAUUUAAUUAACGAGCAGACAACCAGCCGGGCUUUCGAAUGCAUAAACCUGCUGCACGAAGGUUUUCAGAAUUUGAUAGACAAAGGUGGCCGUGUCUAUCGUGUGUACCGCAACGGUACAGGAUUUGUUGCUCUGGGGAAUGUUCCCUAUGGCGUUAAAGAGGAUCCAAUAGAUUCCAUCGCUCAUUUGGCAUUCGACUUUCUCACAUGGGCAUGGCGAGUCAAACUACCAGGACACCUUAUGGACGGCUUUCAGCUGCAGAUUGGAAUUCAUAGUGGGCCGCUCACAGCCGGUACGUUAAAGCAUAGUACAAACCACUUCAUUCCACUUGGUCCCGUUCAGAAAGAAGCGUGGGAUAUUGUUCGGUCUUCUGCUCCAUGCCGGAUCCUGAUUAGUGAAGAUUUCCAUCAAAAUCUUCGCCAGUUGGCGCAGAUUUUUAUUAAAUAUCGGAUUGUGCCUAAUACUGGCCGUGUUUUUGGAUACUCGAAGAAGACAUAUUGGCUCGUCGGCAUGAAUUACUAUCGAGGCCAGAGCCUGUUAGAUGACAUGUUUCUCUUAGAUCCGGAUAACCUUGAGGCAGCCGCCAAACUUGCCGCCAAAAAAGAAGCUCAGACUAAAGAUAGGAAAGGGAAUUUGAGGAACGAGCUGGUUAAAGUAGUGUCCGCCCUGCCCUUCGAUUAUCAGGCUUUAACAGCCGGUGGCGCGCAGUACGUGGUUGAUGUAAAGGAGAAGGAAAAGCGGCGGUCGCAGGCAUACGACCGAAAAUCGUUUGUGCACCAUGCUGGUCCGUUACUUUUGCCAUCGAUGCAAUUCGAUGAGAUCUUCGAGCGGAAGUCCCACCUGGAUAUGGAGCCGUCGGAAUUAAUGGUGCACCCAACGGUGACAUCUGGGAAUCAUCCACGAUAUGUUGCCGGUCCCAAAAAGGUGCACUCAGUAGAAGACACUGAUCAGCAACAUGCUGGUCGGCAUUCACCGGAAACAGAGAAGGCGUUGAAACGGUUGCGAGCCAUAAAGAAAAAAGAGAUAACAGAUAUGGAGCACAAACGGCAGGAUGAGGCCGCCCGUACACAUUUGCACCACGAGUUAUUAGAAGCCACCGGAUCUGAUGAACGUCUGCAGGAAGACUUACAGGAUGUGAAUCAAGGGGAACCACCCGAAAGCAAAGCAGACGAGAAAACCGAAUACUACCAAAGAUACUCAGACGUGCAUAGACCCAACCAAAGACAUAGACAUUAUUACGAUGAUGAGGACGAAGAGUACGAAGAAGCAGAGUCCGCGGAAGAAGUAUACGGCCAAUCUGACGAAUACUUUGCUGGGGAAAAUUAUGAAGAUGAUCAAAUAUAUUACGAUCCGGAAGUGGUAACCGGCAGUCUACAGUUUAUGCGAGAAAGCGAGAUUUUGUCAGACCAAAUGGAAAACCAUCUGGCUCAAAUGGCACAGGUCGAUUUUGAGCAGCAGCAGGUCGCUUAUGAUACCACGUAUUCGCAAACGAGUAUACCGGUUACUGAUGCACAUCAGCCGAAUGAAACAAUAAUCGAUGUGGUGCCCGAUGAGAAGGUCAAGCGCAAGAAAAAGAAAUCAAAAAAGCGUCGCAAGCAUAAGGAAGCCACAAAGGAUGAGGAUGAGUAAAGCGCCACUCUUAUCAUUCCUAGCUCAUGCAGACCUGUGCUUAGUUUCGUUGUUUUUCACCUUUCUUUACAACAACCCAGGGAAAACUGGGUGAGAUAUUUCGAAGUUUUGAACAUAUUUUUUUAUGUAUAAUCUUGUCAUAUUAUCUUUGAUAUUAGUGUUUAUUGACUACCAUAUUUAAACUGUAAUGCUAUUUGCUGUUACAUAGUAAAUGCAUCGAAUAGGUUGCACUUUGUCGUUCAUUUGAUGGUGUUUUGGGAAACACAUAACAAUUAUAUAAAUCUUGAAAA